AUGGGUAACGUACCAACAAAAGAAGCGAGAUCUAGGUCUAAUUCAGGCGUAUCUGAUUCCCACAAUAGUGGAGGAUCUAGCUCCAACACGUUCAAUACGGGUGGAUCGUCGUCAUCUUCAUCAUAUGCACGUCAUCCAAAACACCAAAGAAAAGGAAGUAGCCUUACGGGGUUCGUAAAUGGCCACCAACGAUCAGCUUCGUCUGAUUUAAGAAAAGCCAAACGUCAAGAAGAGAAGGAUCAAAAACAGUAUCAUCAUUACAGCCAGUUAAUUGUCAAGUUUGACGAGAAUGUGGACGGGGGAUACUUGGCUCCUUACGGAACUUAUAAAUCCAAUCUCGACUUUGACACAGAUAUAGUUCGGUCAUUAAUUGUCAAUCGUGAAUUGUCACCAUUUUUCACUCCGUUACAAGAUUUUAAUGAAAGCUGGACAGAUGAUGAGUUGUGCAUUUUGCUAUCUCAAUUGCCUUUACACGCAUUGGAAGAGCCCACUGAAUUGAAUGGGUCCGAGGAGGAAGAAGAAGAUGCGGAUAGCCACAAGAUUCAUAAGAGUGCCAAUUAUUACAAACGACAGGAGGAAAAAGCCAAGUUGAAACUGUUGAUUUCACGCAUGAAGGAUAUUCAAAAAGACGAAGAGCAAAAGUAUAUUGAUGCAAAGGGCAACUCCAAGCAAAUCCCCAGUAGGGACUUACUUUUGAGGCUAUAUCGAAAUCCAAGUGAAUGCCCCAUUUGUUUUUUGUAUUAUCCCAAACAUCUAAAUGUGUCACGUUGCUGUUUACAACCAAUAUGUACUGAAUGUUUUGUACAAAUCAAACGUUUAGACCCCCAUCCACCUCAUGAUGAUCCCUCAAACCACCAGGCAGGGGAGCAACCACAUUCACUCAUUUCAGAACCGGCAAGCUGUCCCUAUUGUGCCAUGCCCGAGUUUGGGGUUACUUAUGAUGCUCCAUUGGACGUACAUACUGGGCUUGGUGGUAUAGUACCGGGGGAUUAUAAAGCGACCGGUGCUAUCUUGGAAGAUGACGAGAGUAUUAGCGGUGGUGCUGGUAAUGCUGCAGAUGAGGAAGCUGUUGCCGACGACGACGAUUCUGGCGCUAGCCAUUCACCCGUAAGGAGCAAUCGCAAAAGUAUUGGUUCUCCUAUACCCACAUCCCCGCCACCACCGAAUUCUAUGCAAAGCAAAUUGUGGCCACAAAAGAAUAAAGCAAAGCAACGCAGUAGGAGAAGUUCAGUUGCGGCGAAUGCGCCAGGGGUCAUAACCAUUGAUCAGAUUCGACCCAAUUGGGAGCACACUUUGAACAGUGCCAGAAAUAAGUUAGCUAGAAGGGCAGCUACCGCAAGUGCAAUACAUGCUAGUAAUUUGAUAAUCAAUGGAGAUGAGGGUCAAGGUCCCAGUAGCAAUCGCGGCAGUGAAAACUCAAGAGCAAGGUCUGGAACAACAGGUUCAAGCUAUAAUGCAACUGACUAUUCACUAAUUGAACAACAGAUGAUCAACGAAGCUAUGAGAUUGUCAUUACUCGACGAAGAGGAGAGAAAACGCAAAGCCAAUAGCAAAUAG